AAAGAAAGGGAAAAUAAGAUAGAGUUUAUAAAGAUUUGAAUAACAUAGUUUAUUUGGUAUCAUGUAAUGGAGGUAGUUUCCCUCUUUUUUUCCAUUACAAGUUGUUUAAUAGACCCUGAAGGGGAAAAGACAUACAUUGAAUUUGCUUCAAAACUGAAAAAUACGGAAAAUUUUGGUUGGGUAUCAGUUUUAUUUGUCCGCAAAAAAUCGACAUUGGAUCGAGAAAACAUAUUUAAAGACAUGAGAAUUUUACGCAUUUACCCUUUUUUUUUUUUUUACUUCAUUCUAUUUGUAUUUCUACAUAUUAAUUUAUUUUUUAUUAACUUUUUAUUUUAUUUUAUUUUUCUUUUACCUUUUAUAAUAAAUUCAAUAUGGAUUCGAGAGAGGCUCCUCUUCGAUCUUUCGUCGUUUUUUGUACUAUUAUUGCAUCUUUAGGUGCUUUCAAUUCUGGUGUGAAUACAUCCGCUUUGAAUAUUCCUGGUGAAGCUGUUAAGAAAUGUCCUAAUGUUCCUGAAGGUGUUAUCACUUAUUAUCCUCAUUCUCCUUUACCUCAAUGUAUCCCUAUGGGUGAUUGGAUUUGGGGUGUUUCUACUGGUAUGUUUGCUGUUGGUGGUCUUAUCGGUGCUAUGGGUAGUGGUUAUCUUUAUAAUAAGUUUGGUCGUCGUGAUUCUAUGAUUUUAAUGAACGUUAACUUCUUUAUCGGUGCUAUCUUACUUUCUCUUGCUACUAAAUCUGCUCAAUUUGCUAUUGGACGUAUCUUUGUUGGUAUUGGUUCUGGUUUUAUGACUUGUGUUGUUUCUGUUUACGUUUCUGAAAUUGCUCCUCCUAAAUAUCGUGGUGCUCUUACGUCUACACUGCAACUCUUGACUACCAUUGGUAUUUUACUUAUUGAAAUUAUCUCUCUUGGUUUAGAUUCUGCUAUCGGAUGGCGUAUUGUGGUUAUUAUCACCAUUGCUCCUACUAUCGUCCAAAUGGUCGUUCUUCCUUUCUGUGCUAGAUCUCCUCGUUGGUUAGUCAACACUGAAUUUACUGAUAUGCUCCUUGGUCUCUCUAAGGGUGGUGAAGAAACAAAGGCCAACUUGGAAGAUAAGGAUUCUGCUGCUGGUUUUGAUAACAAUGCUGUCGCUAAGGAGAAUAAUGCUGUUGGUGGUGGUAAUGAUAAUGAGGGUGAACUUCAACUUAGUUUUGCCCAAGUUUUUGCUAUCCCUGUCUUGGCUUGGUUGACUAUCAAGAUUUUCAUCAUUAACGCUCUUCAACAAUUGACUGGUAUUAACGCUAUCAUGUAUUACUCUACCACUAUCUUUGAAGCCUCAUUUGAUCACAAUGCUAAAUAUGUCACAAUUGGUGUCUCUGCUUUGAACGUCGUCCUUACCGUCAUCGGUCUUUCUCUUGUCGAUCGUUUGGGUCGUAAGACACUUUUGUUGGUCUCAACCGUUGGUAUGACCAUCUUCUGUGUCAUCAUGACUAUCUCUAUGAAGUACAACAUCAGUGCUCUUCAAGUCGUCUGUAUCAUGCUUUACGUCGCCUCCUUUGCUGUUGGUUAUGGUAUGAUUCCUUAUAUUCUUAUUGGUGAAUGUUUCCCUACCUAUGCCGUUGGUCCUGCUUCUUCAGGUUCCUUGGCUAUUAACUGGCUCAUGAACUUUGUCAUCGGUCUCAUCUUCCCUAGUUUAUUGUCCGCUUGUGGUCCCUAUGUUUUCCUUAUCUUUGCUGGUCUUUCUUUGUUUGCCUUUGCAUUCGUCUUAAUCUAUAUUCCCGAAACCAAGCAAAAGUCUAUUGAUGAAAUUGGUCGUUAUCUUGGCUGGUAUGGUCUUAACAUUGAAGAAGAACUUAGAAAGAAGAACAAGGCCUAAGAACCUUUCACUCCUCCAUCCACACUCAUACACUAUUAUUACUAGCUAUAAUCAUCAAAACCAUUUAAUAAUUUUUUUUCCUUAUAUACAAUUUUACAUUAUAAUUUUAAUUUUUUAUAUUUCGUGUAUUAGUAUUUAUAUUUCUAUUUUUUUUUUGUAUUUUAUUCUGAAAAAAAAAAAAAAAACUUGAAUCUCUAUCUCUUGUACAAUAAAA